GACUCCAAGUCCUUCUCGGAGCUUCGUCCUCACUCACCUUUAGAUCGAUUUGUAUAUUUCUUCUGUCUGAAAAAAUGGCGCCUCGAGGGGUACUUGACGUUUCUGUUAUUGGUGGAAGGAAUCUCUCAAACCCGGACAAAGAGGGUAAAAUAAUGUGCAUCGUCAACUACAAAAAUCAAGAGCAUAGGACGGACGCCAUAUAUUGUGAUGGGACUGAUCCAGAGUGGAAUGAGCAACUUCUGUUCACCAUAGCUGGUUCAGUUGAAGAUCUCAAGAUUCGGGUCCAUGACGGGGAUUACGUUACUGAUGAAGAAGUUGGACAUUGCUCUAUUCCAAUAGAUAGUCUAGUUGAGACAGGGUACAAAGCGCAAACAGACGCGUCUCCAUAUGAAGUAUGGAGGGGAGAUGAAGUCUAUGGAGAACUUACCGUUGCCCUCUCUUUUCAUCCAGAGGAGGGCCAUGAUGAUGAAGAACAUGAAGAAGAGGAUGAAUAGUGAUGCUAUGGUGGAUAGAAAGAAUACUGGCAUGACUUAUUGCUUCGUGGUCUGAUGUUUGUAAUUUUACUUGAUACUGUAACUAUAUAUGUUUAUGGAAAUGGAAUAGAUGGGAUGAAGAACAAGACGCUACCGUUUUGGAGGUUUCAACUGUUCCAUCACUAAUACAUUGUAAUAAUCUCUUCAUUCUGUGCUUGACUGACUCUGCUUAAGCAUUGUAUGUAUGUACGUAGUUAUGUAUAACAAAUAGUCUUUCAAACCUUCCUUA